AUGCGCAAAAUUGGUUUACAGCAAAUUCGUACUGGAAAGGACAAAAGUCAAAAAGUCCUCAUAUGGUGGAUCCCACCGUGGAUGUGGGACCCACUCACGUCGUACUUUCUCCAACAACAUGCUCAGCUUUUGGCUUACGAGGUGGCCGACCUUUGCCUUGGCAAGCCGCCGCUCCGCUGCCUCUCCGCCUCCUCCGCCACCGUCGCCGACGCACUCGCCGCCCUGAAAUCCACCGGAGACGACUCCGUCAGCCUCUGGAGCUGCGACCAUGCCUCGCCGGAAAAGGACUGCGUGUGCGUGGGGAAAAUCUGCACGGCGGAUGUUGUUUUCUACCUCUGCCGGGAAGAGAAUCUGGCCUCGCCGGCGGCAGCUCUGAAGUCUCCGGCAACGGCUUUAUUGCCGACGGUCGAUGGCCUCGUCAGACACGUGGACUCCUCUGCAAGCUUGCUAGAAGCCAUUGACCUAAUCCUAGACGGCGCCCAAAAUCUCGUCGUCCCCAUACGAACAAACCCGAAGCAAAGAAAACAACAGCUCGGAAAAUCGACCUUAUUUUCGACCAAUCACGGCAGCCGUGAGUUCUGCUGGCUGACUCAAGAAGACGUGGUUCGGUUCCUCCUCGGCCUAAUCGGGCUUUUCUCCCCAAUCCCGACACUUUCCAUCGAAACCCUAGGCAUAAUCAGCCGCGACUACUCGGCCGUGAGCCACCGCUCGUCCGCCAGGUCAGCACUCGAUGCACUCCGCCGAUCCUCGACCGACAAAACCUCGGUGGCCGUGGUCGACGAGUCCGGUUCAUUCAUAGGCGAGAUUUCCCCUUUUACCCUUUCGGCCAGAGACCUCAUGGCCUGCUCAUUGGGCCCGGUGGAGGAGCUUGCGGGCCUCGUGGGCCCGUAUAGUAGCUGCUCCUCCUCCUCAUCGGAUGAUGAGCUGGCGUCGCCCACGACACCAUUGGGCCGGGUUGGGCCUUAUGUGGGGUGUUUGGGCCAGAUGGUGAAGCGGGCCGAGGCUACGGUUUGCGGGCCCAGGAGCUCGUUGGUGGCAGUUAUGAUACAGGCGAUUGCUCGUCGGGUGAGGUACGUGUGGGUGGUCGACGAGGGGUUCGGGUUGGUUGGGAUUGUGACAUUUGCUAGCAUUUUGGGUGUGUUUAGGGAUUGUGUGGAGUAAAAUGUGGUUUGAAUGUUGAUACAACUCUUUUGUACUUUGUAGUUUUUUGGGUUGGAGUUUCAAAUGGAAGGAUAAUGUUGUGAGUUUGAUGAGCAUGUAAAUUUUUUCUUAUUUGAUGCAUUUUGUUCUUGUGAGGGGCUGUUUUAGUGUUGGUUAUGGACUUUGAAUGGUGGUUUGAUUUUGUUGUUCAAUGAUAUGGAUUUGAAUGUUGUAGCUUUUUUAAACUUGG